AUGGACAUCUCUCCCCGAGCCCUGCUUCGGCUUCUCUUCCCUCGCCUGCCCCUGAUUUUCAAGACGGCUCUUCUCAAUGCUUUGUCGCUGUCCCCAAACUCAUCCAAGCAAGAUUUGAAGACCGAAGUCGUUGUCAGGCUCCUUCGAGACAUCAUUAGCGCAAGACGGUCCGUAGGUUUCAUGCAAAAAUACACUACCAAAGACCCUGGCAUCAAAGGCCCGGUCGUAGUGUCCAAAGUCACCGUCCCUCCUCCCCCGGAUCAAAAUGGGCCCAGAGAUGCGGUCUGCAGCGCUAUCAAGGAGCUGGGAGAUGGCACUGAGACUUACAUGGUCCCCGAGACCGCGGCUGUCGAAGCGGAGUGGACUGGCUAUCGAGCGAACGUCAGCCCCAGCGAACCUAGACCAGAUCUGCCUGAGGAGGAGCACUACGCACUGUUAAGCGAAAAUGUCUCCUCGUCACUGACAAUUCUCUAUUUCCAUGGUGGUGCCUACUACCUGAUGGAUCCAGCCUCUGUUCGCGACACGACUACCCGGCUCGCGAGGCUGACGGGAGGUAGAUGCUAUUCGGUCCGUUAUCGCCUAGCUCCUCAGAAUCCUUUUCCUGCACAGCUUCUCGACGCGUUGGUGGCUUACCUGUCGCUGUUAUCCCCUCCCCCGGGUGCAUUUCAUGAGCCCGUACUCGCAAAGGAUAUUGUCUUUGCCGGAGAAUCCGCCGGGGGGAACCUGUCUCUUGCCUUGCUGCAGCUCCUCUUGACCCUCCGGAGAACCGGUACCGAGACAAUCAAAUUCCACGGUGCUGAUGUUCCUGUGCAACUGCCCGCCGGCGUUGCGGUCAACUCUCCCUGGGUCGACAUCACACGCUCUCUGCCAUCCAAUAUCAACAAUGCCUUUUAUGACUACCUCGAGCCUCUCGCCCCAACCGGUCUUUCCAACACAGAGCCGCUGCCAGAUCCCUUUUGGCCAACGUCUCCUCCCCGUGCUGACAUAUUCUGCAACGCAUCAAUGAUGGUGCACCCUCUAGCCUCGCCUGUGCAAGCCAAUUCAGAACUAUGGAUAGGUGGGCCUCCUGUCUGGAUUUGUGUGGGAAAUGAGACCCUCGAGGAUGAAGCCACAGUCCUCGCUCGCAGAAUGCACCAGGGCGGAGUACCGUUGAGCUUGGUCGGCUAUGAAGGAAUGCCGCAUUGCUUUGCCAUGAUAUUUCCGACCUCGCCCACGGGCAAGGAUUGCUUUGAACGCUGGGGCAAAUUUUGCUCGGACGUUGUCAAAGGCACGCAGCUUGGUUCGAGCAAGGCCGGCUGGGUUAAGGCAUUCUCCAACCCGCUACAUUUGGAGGAAGUAGACGUGCAGAAUUUGACUUCUCUCAGCGACCAAGACGUGACCGAGAUUACCGGCAGCAUGCGGAAGCAUUUCCUGAUACGGGAAGAAGAACUUGUGAGAAAAUGGAGCGAGCCGAAAGCCAGGGCGAAACUAUGA